AGGCUUUCUCUGUAGAUCUGAUGGGUCUGAACGGAAGCAGGUCAUUCUGCCAGAAUGAUCAGGCGCAGGGCUGGGUGUGGUCAGGGGGGCACGUAUGCACAGGAGGGCAGAGCUAAGGCAUAGACCCCAGGUGAAAUUGUCCCCACUCCUCACAUAAUCGUUUUUAGGGUAGCUGAAGAGUAUCAGGACGACUUUACUAAACAUGGAAGUUGUCUUAAGUCCUGUCCAGUCCGGCCCGGGGCAGUGAUGUCAUGGCCACGUGUCUCCCGUGGAGGCACAGAAGCCUGCAGGAUGCUGGGGCCAGUAAGAGCCAUGUUUAGCCAAGAGCAGCUAACCUGGCCAGCCAUCACAGUGGCCCUGACUUGUUGCUCUUUGAGCCACCUCUAGAGGCUGUGGGUUCCUUCCAACUGCCAGCUGAGUGGAGAGUCUGAGGCUUCUCUGAGCAUGGAGGAAGAUUAUGGGCAGACCCCACGAUGACUCUGAAUAAUGUCACCAUGCGCCAGGGCACUGUGGGCAUGCAGCCACAGCAGCAGCGCUGGAGCAUCCCAGCCGAUGGCAGGCACCUGAUGGUCCAGAGAGAGCCUCACCCGUACAACCACCACAGCCGCCCCUCGGCCUCGCCCGAUGACCACUGCCGCCGGAGCUGGUCCUCGGACUCCACAGACUCCGUCAUCUCCUCCGAGUCGGGGAACACCUACUACCGCGUGGUGCUCAUAGGCGAGCAGGGGGUGGGCAAGUCCACCCUGGCCAACAUCUUUGCAGGUGUGCACGACAGCCUGGACAGCGACUGUGAGGUGCUGGGAGAGGACACAUACGAGCGCACCCUGAUUGUGGAUGGGGAGAGUGCGACAGUCAUCCUCCUGGACAUGUGGGAAAACAAGGGGGAGAACGAGUGGCUGCAGGAGCACUGCAUGCAGGUCGGGGACGCCUACCUGAUCGUCUACUCCAUCACGGACCGGGCGAGCUUUGAGAAGGCGUCGGAGCUUCGGAUCCAGCUCCGCAGGGCUCGGCAGACAGAGGACAUCCCUAUCAUUCUGGUUGGCAACAAAAGCGACCUGGUGCGGUGCCGGGAAGUGUCUGUGUCAGAAGGGAGAGCGUGUGCCGUGGUCUUCGACUGCAAGUUUAUCGAGACCUCGGCGGCCGUGCAGCACAACGUGAAGGAGCUCUUUGAGGGCAUCGUGCGGCAGGUCCGUCUCCGCCGGGACAGCAAGGAGAAGAACGAGCGGAGGCUGGCCUACCAGAAACGGAGGGAGAGCAUCCCCAGGAAGGCCAGGCGCUUCUGGGGCAAGAUUGUGGCCAAAAACAACAAGAACAUGGCCUUCAAGCUCAAGUCCAAAUCCUGCCACGACCUCUCUGUGCUCUAGGCACCCAGCACCAUGCAGAUGUCCUCUGCCGGACAUUGUGGAAGGCCACUGGGACCAGUAAUCUAUAUUAGAUUGGAUACUGAAGCAUUGUGAGAUGUCGCUUCCCAUUGCAGCCAAGAGCUAAUAUGUUAGCCUCGUGGGCAACAAGUGCAUGGGAAAUGAAAGUUGUUCGCAGUCAGUAUUUAUUUAUAGGAAAAGCUGAUCUUGCUACUUGGACACCCAGGGCUCAUUACCGGACAUAGUUGGUGUUCACAAGAGUUUUCUCUCUCUGGAUAGUAGGGAAUUGGAGCUUAGGAAAGAGUGCCCAGAAGAGGGAUUUCAUCACUGCAGUUUUACCCGGGGCUCUUGUAUGUGACUUGGAGGCCAUUGGGUCAUGAACGGGUGUGGGAAGCUGUCUUAGGGCUUCCUCGGAAGAAGAGCUCUCUGUGUCCCGUGUCUCCUGGAGCUGGCCCCGUAGGACUCGGUUCAUCGUGGCCACGAGUAUUACUGCUCCAUCAAACUGUGAAAAGAAUUGAUGGGCCGUGCUGGAAGCUAAAGCUUAGCUAAUAAUUUUUGUUCGGUCCCCGCAGGGAUUUGUAAGAUUGGGAACUGCUAUGUGUACCCCUUCCAUGUUCAAAAUCUGUAUCUUUACUUAUUGUGUCUAAUACUUUUUUAUUUGGGGGAUAUCAUUUUUAUCAAGUUCUACUUAGUCAAACCUCCUUUUAUGUUUUGUUAUUUUUGAGCCAUUGUACAAAUAUUUUAAAAGUCUGAAUUAUUCAUAACCUGAAGGGCAAAUUACCAAAUUUUUAAGGUCUGAAUUUUUCUAAAACAUAUCACAUAAAAACUUCCAUUAUUUUGAAUUGACCCUUAG